UAUGCUUUGAAACGAUUGAAGUACUAAGCAGUUAAUAUUUCGUUUAUUUUUACAACUCAUUCUCGUAUUUUUCCAACGCACCAGAAAUAACAUACUUUUCUUCCCAAUGUCGCAUCCAAACACAAAUCCAUCGCCUUCAACAUCCACCUCGGAGAAUAAUAAUUCCCCCCAAGGAAAUAUUACGUCCCCACUUUUAUCCCAUUUCGCUCUAGGCUCAAAACCCCUAGGAACGGGCGGAUUUGGCUGUGUCUUCAGAGCAGAUCAAGUCGAAUUCGAGACCAACAAAUUCAACGUGUACAACCUGUCCUGGAAUGAAGAAUCUUCCGUAAUCGAGCCGGAUCUUGAAAGUACGUUCGCCCUCAAAUUAAUCCCACAAGGUGAACUUUCCGAGGUUAAGUUCAUGUCGAAACUUUGUCAUCCUAAUAUCGUUGCCUGCUACAACGUCUGGGCGGAAGAGGAUUGUGAAGAAAUCGGAAAUCUAUUAAAAUCCUUGCCAAGCGAUCUUUUGCCGGAUGACAGCUAUCCAUCCGUUCAAAUUAGACGUGCCAAACACACCCCGUACCGAAUCCCUACACUUCUCGUCAUGCAAAUGGAAUAUUGCACGGAAGGAACGUUACACGACUGGAUAAUUUUAGAAAAUAAUCACGGAAUGAGGAGAGGCAUUUUUAGCCAACUCGUGCAAGCCCUGGUCUAUCUCCAAAUCAAGAAUUUGGUUCAUGGUGACGUGAAAUUGAGCAAUGUGCUUUUAACGAGGUGUAAAAAGAGUGGUGGAAAACUUGUCGCAAAAUUGGCAGAUUUUGGUCUAACGGGAUCCUACAGAAGAACUAUUUGUACCACCAAAGGAUUUGGGGAAGAAGAAGAAGAUGAAGAAUUAAGUGGGGAAGAAGACGAAGAUGAAGAAUUAAGUGGGGAAGAGAUGGACAAGGAAAUUCAAAACCGGCGGCUUUUCCUCCCUCCAGAAGUGGCAAAGUUAGAGGUGUUUCAGAAAAGUGGACAAAUUGUGGUAGGUGCGAAUCAUAAAAGUGACAUUUAUUCUUUGGGACUUGUCUGGAUUUGUUUGCUGUGCCCAUUUACGACCUUAGGGGAGUUAAAGGAUACCGUUUUCUCCGCGAUGGCUCCAUCUGACGAACGGAAACUUCCAGAAUCGUUACAAUCAGACGCGAAACUGGGCGAAAUUGAGUUAAUAACAAAAAUGUUAGAUUGGGAUGUUAAUAUCAGACCGUCCGGUAAAGAGAUUGCCAGAUUUCUUGAGUCGGAAGAAGAUUACUGUGAAGGAGGUGAAAACGAGGUAGAUCUUAAAAUCAGAAUUGAAAUUGAAAAAAGUUUGGAAGUUUAUGAAACACUAAAAACUUGGGAUGCCGAGAAUCCCAUUAUUGCCCUAAUCUUGAAGCAAAAACACAGAUUUCUUACAGAAAUAGUGGAAAAAGUGGUGAAAUAUAUUUCACCACGAGAUGACCUAUUUGUUAGAGCAAUGAAUGCAUAUAAUCAAUGUGACGAUGACUGUUUCGGUUGGGAUGUUGGGGACGGUUUGUACUGGUUGGAAAAACUGGGGAACAAAUGUGACCUAUUUCUUCCGCCAGAUUUUGACUCUGUCGAGAUAAUGAAGUUACGAAGCAUCGUGGCAGCAGCAAAAUGCGACAUAGGCGAUGAGGAAGAGAAACUGGAAGGAAUAGAGGAAUUAGAAAAAAUUCUCUUGUCUCCAACUAUCCAAAAAUUGGAACCGGUUGAUCCACUCCGAGUUAAGUGUCAAUGCCUCGUUUGGACUUUUAAAUACUGUGAUACUUUCCUACAAAAUGGAAAACAACAAGAAUUACCGGACCACCAUCGAAACGUAUUGGUUUCCAUUCUAGCUCAAGCCGAACUAGUUUUAGCAACUCUCACAAAUGUGAAGGAACACAAAUUUCCCCUACUAGAUCCCAAGGCCAUGGGGAUGUUGAAUGUAGUGGUAAAUAUCCUGGCAAAAUUGGGCCGAGAGGAGGAGGCUGAGUCAAAACUUUUACAAUUUCUCCCACCUUUCAAUCAAGAUGAUGAUAGUGGAUCUCCAUCUUCAGGAUGGGAAUUCAGUACAACAGCCAUCUACUGUAAAUUACUCACCCACUUGAAACGAUACGAAGAUGCGAUUGCGAGGAUGGACGCGAUGUACAGGAAAUUGUUGGCCCAGGACGAUAAAAAUAAAGCAUUCGAGGCUUUGCAGUUUUUGGCUGGAGUUUCGUAUGAUAUGGAAUUUAAGGAGCAGAGGAGGAGAGGGGACGAUGCAUCGCAGGAAGGUUUGGAAAAUCUGGAGCAAUUGCGCGGAGUAAUGGACGAGACGAACAAGUUUGAAUACUACAUGGUACAAGCCAGUCGGUUGUAUAAUGAGGUGACAGAUUCAGAAAAAUUACUCUUAGACGGCGAUCAGUUGAAUUUGGAUGAGUCCCGGGUGCUUAGGUUCAAAACGGUUUAUGAUUUUGUUGAGCUAAAAUAGAAAAAUACUGAAUGUGUGUAUGCCACUUUCCAGUUGUGACAAGAUUAUUGUAUUUUGUCCUUACCAGUAAAUCUAGCUUCUUACAUGUAUUUAAUCAGAUAUAUGGAGCUGGUAAUUUCUUAUUAAUUAGGUUGUUAUAAUAGACGUUAAAGAAAACUUUAUGCCUUUAAACUUUUAGAAAAGUGUAUAGCAAAGCCGACAUCAGCUGAAUAGUGCAAAUGUUUUUGUCACAUCUUUGCCAAAUUCUAGCAGUAAAAUAUAUAGCUACAAAAAAUCCAGAGAUCGCGCCUAUAAUUGUUAAACUUUAUUUUGACUAUAUUGAUAAACUUCUGCAAUUUCAUGAAUAGUUAUAUGAACUAGUCUAAAUGCAAGGCAAGCUAAAAAACACAACUACAUUUUUCUGUCGUCAUUUCCUGUAUUAGAUCCAAUUAUUCCGAUGGUAGUGAUCAUCACGAGACAAUAUUAGCAAAGGAGUUGAAUAGUUUUUUAGCCUCCGCUAAACCAUUUGGUAUUUAAAUACCUGGGUAUGUAAAUGUUAUCCAUUUAAUCAUAUAACUGAAUAAACUAUUUAUUUAUGUAACCAAGCAACAUUUUAUUGGCACAUAAAGCCGUAGCUAUAAUGUAUAUAUAAUUUUAAAAAAACAGCGAAUGUGGAAACCUCAAUAAAAGAAUCAAAUUAUUCCC